CUGACAGUUCUUAAAAUAUAUGUAAGCUAAUUUACUGCUGUAAACGCCCUGUUCUCUAAAUUAUUCUGUUCGGUGGCCUCUCAGCCAUGCUUCUUUUGGAAUAAAAUGACUCAGUGUGUGUAUUGAUUUUAUUGAAAGCGCAUCAUACUCUCGUGAAUGUUUUCAUUUGAAGCAUCUUUGUUUGACAUAAGCUUUGUUGAUAUACAUGAACGACGGAAAAGGAAUAUAAAAUCGACCAAAUCGUAAAAGGAAUCAACAGGAAACAUGAGAACCUUAAGUGACAAGAUGUAACGGUUGAAUCAUGCAUGUUCAUUUUGAGCAGAAUAACACAACACGGUCAGAGUGUACAAUACACUCUCUAUCAUGGAUGGGAAAGGUUCCAGAUACCCUACCAGAAGACGAAGGAGGAUGGAAAUUAAACAGGAACCAGUAUUAUAUGGAGGGAUGGUUGGCAGGAGGUAAUGGUAAGGGAGUGGUCGGUGUUACCUUCACAACAAGCCAUUGUAGGAAGUACGACCCUCCGCAAAGGUCAAACUUCAACCUACGAGGACAUCGAAGUGAGGUUGUAUUGGUAAAAUGGAAUGAACCUUACCAGAAGUUAGCGUCAUGUGACUCACAGGGAGUAAUAUUCGUUUGGAUAAAACACGAGGGAAGAUGGUCCAUAGAACUUAUCAAUGACAGAAACAAUCAGGUGACAGAUUUUGCCUGGUCCCAUGAUGGUCGUAUGGCUCUGAUUUGUUACUGUGACGGUUUUGUUCUGGUUGGAUCUGUUGCUGGACAACGAUACUGGUCGUACAUGUUAAACCUGGAUAACUCAAACGUCACGUGUGGAAUAUGGACACCCGAUGACCAAAAGGUGAUUUUUGGAACAACUGACGGUCAAGUUAUACUGAUGAGUUCAGCAGGUGUAAUGUUAACACAGAUAUCGGUACAAAUAGGCAUGGAUAUCGUGUCAAUGGCAUGGUCAUCCGAAAAGUUUAACAUGGAUGAAACCGACGGAAAUACUCAAACCAGUAGACAAUCCUUAUCCUCCAAAGAGGAGACUACCCAUAUUCUAGCAGUAUGUUUCAGAUACGGAGCUGUUUAUCUGAUGUCAAGUCCAGAUGACCCUUCUCCACAUAUCAUUCAUACAUUCUUAACAGGUUUAAAAAUGGAAUGGUCUAACUGUGGGAAAGUUUUAGCUUUGGGCGGUUUUACACGACUUCCAAAUCUCCAGUGCCAAAAUGAAGUUCAUUUCUAUAGUUCAGAGGGUACACUUUUGCAUCAAACAUCACUACCAUCUCAGGGUAAACCAUUAACUGCCAUGUGCUGGGGUCACAACGAUAGAAGAUUAUUCAUGGCUUCAGGACAUAAUUUAUUUGUUGCAUGGAUUAUUAAACAUGUAGCGCCUUUGCAGUUCAUGUGCCAAAGAACUAUACAAACUUGUGUUCGAAGUGAGAAAAAUACUCAUCUGAUACCUCUGCCAACUAGACUACGCCAUAGUGUUCAGGAAUUAUUUUCACCUACAAUUAAGAGUUACAUUCCAGACCCAUUUAAAUUAAGAGAGUUCAUCAGUACACCGCCACCAAGUAUUGAACGAUUGUAUUGUACAAUGGUCAGGCAUGGUGAAGAGAGUUCAGGAGGUCACUACAUCCUAUACUUAGAAUAUCUUGGCGGACUUAUUCCAUUACUGAAAGGAAAAAGAGCCAGUAAAUUACGUCCAGAUUUUGUUGUAUACGACCCGAAAAUCAAACCAACAUGUGUCGGAGAUGGUACAAUGCACUAUGAGUAUGAUGUGGAAUCUUCUACAGACUCCGAUGAUGAUUUAUCUUCAGAAGGAUGUGGAUCUCCACGCAUGCAGAGGAGAAAACGUCCAAAACAAUUUCGGGCAGAGAAAGUAGAAAGAUCAAUCACCUUUAGAACUCUUCAUGAUCUCCUCUUUGACGAUAAUUUACCGGAGAGCAGCCGUCUAGUGGAAGUAACUUCUAAUAUAUGGGGUACAAAGUUUCAAAUUAAUGGUGUUGCGCCAUUUUUGCCGGAGGAUCUUGGGAAUAUUGUUUAUAAAACCAGUCUACUUCAUCUUCAGCCCAGACAAAUGGCUAUAACGGUGACUGGAUUGCAAUCUAGUCACCAACAACUCUCACGAGACUCAAAUUUUACACCUGCAGGCAGUGGCGCAGAUGAUGAUUAUAUCUCACUCAACAUAGGUGGUAUUGAAAGUAUGGAAGAAGAAAGUCUUACCAUUAUAGAGACUGAAAAUGGAUUAAAUACUCAAUUUACAUUAAAUGUUACUCGGGACGACAAUCUUUAUAUUGACACAUCAUCGGACAAUCCUGUGUCCAAUGGAAUUAAUGGGUCAAGUUGUCGAGGGACAAAUAUGAAAAACAGGGUUUUGUCUCCAGCCUCAGACACAUUUGCUCACAACAAAGCAUUUUCAUGUGAAUCACAGGAAAUUCUUAAAGACAAAAUUUCAAAUCAGGGUGCUAUUCCAAAAGUUCGUGCGAUCGCCGGUUCAUCAUCUUCCUCAAACGGAUAUGACGUAACGCCUGGAAUAAAAUGUAGUAUGUCAGAAAAUGUUAAUGGUAUUGCUCAAAAUUUAGUGUUCACAGAUGUGAAAUCUGAAACAAGUUCUCCUGAAUCGCCUUGUUCGAAUACAAGUAACAAUUUAUAUGAAGAUGUACAGAAUUUACUGAGAUGUGACGAGGUCAAUCGCUGGGCAGAUCUCGCGAAUUGUCCUAUUAAAUACAUUGAUGACGACAAUAUAAGUAUUCGUCGUGUAAAUUCACAAGAAUCUAUGUUAAUAUGCGAUUCAAGUCAACUUCUACGCAGUAAUUCAGGAAAAGAAAGAAGACUUUAUUUUUCAUCUGCUUCAACAAAUACAGUAACAACGAAACUUGAUAACGGAUUGUCCCUUGAACAUCGAGACAGUAUUUAUUCCGAUGCUUCGGAUACUGAGACUUGUUUAGAUAUCGCUGAUGACAUAAGCAUAGAUUUAAAAAGUGAAAAUGUUCUUUCAAAUCAUGAAUUUUACCCAAGUGGACGUAAACUUCGAGAAAGCACUUCUCUGCCAUCGUCGCCACUAAAGCGUCUAGAUAACCAAGACUCUCCAACAUAUAAAAUUCGGGAAGAAGCAAUGAAAAGCAAAUGUAAACACCAUAGUCCUAUAUUUAAACGGAAAUCAAAAUAUCUCCGACAGCACGAACUUUCGUCAGAGGAGUUUUCUUCCAGUCUAAAAGAAAACAAUCAAAAUUUUAGCUAUAAAAAUCUGGAAUCGUUUCAAAAAUCUCAGUUAAAACAGAAGAUGAAAAAGGUUAGACGUAGUAGCCAGGAAGGAUUGCCACAAUUCGUUAUGCACAACAAAGCUCCAAUGUGGAAUGAAAAUAGUCAAGUAUAUCAACUUGAUUUUGGAGGAAGAGUUACCCAGGAGUCUGCCAAAAACUUUCAAAUUGAGUUUCGUGGAAAACAGGUUAUGCAGUUUGGUCGAAUAGAUAGCAAUGCCUAUACUCUAGAUUUCCAGUAUCCAUUUACUGCUCUUCAGGCAUUCGCUGUUGCAUUAGCAAAUGUUACACAAAGACUUAAAUAACUACAGUGUUGUCCUGUUGCAACUUCACGGACACAGAGAUAGAACAAUCACCAUACCAUAC